CAAAGUUAAGGAUCAGUUGGACGCAUUUCAGUCGAAGAGCAGGUUGUGCGGAUCGAAGUCUUCAACAAAGGGUUUCCCAACAUUCAAUAAUCGCAUAAUAAUGGGAAUACCUGAAAUGAGGAGGAACCAGUGGUUGCUACUCGUUCUAAUUUGGUGUGGAACUGUAACUUUUGGCGCCGAUCUAGACGCAUCAUGUAUAAAUCCAGAUGGACUACCUGGUCGAUGCGUUAGCAUCCGGGAGUGCGGACCGUUGAUGAAGAUUUACAGAAAAGGUCUUAUAACGCCUCUUGAGAGCAAGUUUAUUGAAAAAAGCCAAUGUGGAGUGUCUGCUGAGAAGGGUGCCCUGGUUUGUUGCGCGUCAAUGCUUCCGCAGCCGCCAAACUGCGGAGCAGACAUGAGCAAUCGUAUAUUUGGAGGACAAAAAACCGCCCUGGAUGAAUUUCCUUGGCUCGCCUUGAUCAACUAUCGCUAUGAGAAUGGCAGCACUAAGUUUCACUGUGGAGCAUCAUUGAUUAAUUCGCGCUACGUGGUAACGGCAGCCCAUUGCGUAGAGGACCAUGCCCAUCAGAAACCAUUCAGCGUCCGCUUGGGUGAGUGGGAUGUCAACCAGGACAUAGAUUGUGAUGAAGAUGAUGGCGAAACGUGCGCAGAUGCACCAUUAGAUGUUGACAUUGAGAAAAUCAUUAUUCACGAAGGCUACCAUCCACGGGAUGCCUCUUCCUAUAACGACAUUGCCUUAAUUCGCUUGACCCAAGAUGUUCAGAUGUCGGCAUACAUUUCACCUGUUUGUUUGCCCGUUAAAGAUAGCCAGCGCACUCGGAUCAUUGUCGGCACAAAAGCAUAUGCAGCGGGAUGGGGUCGCACGGAGUCUGGAGCAAACAGUAAUGUCAAGCUGAAGGUUCAACUGGUAGUGAAUGAUCUUCAGAGUUGUAGUAACGGGUACCGGCCAAGGGGAGUCGUUCUAAGGGACACGCAACUAUGCGCCGGCGGAAUGCGUGGUCAGGAUACUUGCAGUGGUGACUCUGGAGGUCCACUGACGAAGCUGGAUAAGGCGUCAAACUAUCUAUACGGAAUCGUGAGCUUCGGUUCGAGCAAAUGUGGUGUCAAAGACUUUCCCGGUAUUUACACUGCGGUGUCCAAGUAUGUCGAUUGGAUCGAAAGUCAUUUAGAAUAAACUUGUGGGGAUUGUUCGUGUUGACAUUAUUUCCCAAGUAACACAGAAAACAUCUUCAUAAAUAAAAAAUACAGAAGAUGUUUUAUAAUAGUACUAUAAGCGCACCUGACAACUUCUUAUGUUAUAAAUAAUCAAGGUGAAAUCAAGUUGACCAAUAACAAACAUCAAUAAAAAUAACUUUGAUUCAACAAAGUAUAAAA